UAUGUUCUUGUCUAUCCGGGUCAUGGCCGGCCGCAAUAUGGCCACGAUUCGAAUGCAACCCCUCGCCUACAGCACCUGUAACUCGGCGCAACCUGGUGCGAACGCCUUCGGAGAACCCCAUCAUUUGCUUAAACAUAUACCAUUGGACUGGCGGCCCCAACACCAUUGCUUCCCCUCGCGGCAUUCGCUAAUGAAAAACCCAGCGCCUGUAAAGCGAAGGCCGUCGAGCCUAGAUUCCGAGGCCCCAAUCACCAAGAAGCGGUGCAACUCGGGUCUAUCCCCUCUUUCCCCUUCGCUCUGUGAUGAUCAGGAAAGCCGCUCACCUGUGAACGGCACAUCAGAGACUAUCACCUUCCGCAACACCACAAUGCAGCAUACAAAGACCAAGUCAGAAAGCAUUCGAGAGAAAACACUUCUGGACGAUCCUUUGGUGUCUUUACUCGAUCCCUAUCAAGUGCUGUGCAAGCAGUGCGGUGGGACGAUCCAGUUGUCCAAAAAGGCUGCGUACGACCUCUUUCACUGGAAGAACCACAGGAAACGAUGCAACAGGAAAUUGAAGACGAUAAAAGGGAAAAAAACAAAAGUUACUAAAGCCCCGAAGAGUGCCACGCCCAGCCUCCCUGCGAGCCCUAUGGCAAACGUGCCCCUAAAGCCUAUAGCAUCGACCUUGUCGCCCUUCCUUUCAGGAAGAAGCCCACGGACCCCGCCGCUCGUUUCCGACACUGACGAAGACCCUGACAUUCGGUCUGAGCGCUCGUCGGAAGCGCAUUCCCCCGCGAUGCCUUCGCAUCGCAUCCCUGCCCAAUCACCGCCGCCCAUCUCCCGCCUUUCGUUGGACCCCGUGGAGACGUACAUGUCUCGCUCGCAUCGGGGAUACGUCCACCGCUCUCCCGGCCUGCCGGCGGAGACAUGGAAGAACUGGAGCUGGUCGCAGCUGAAAGAGCCGCAGUUCGCCGUCGGAGAUCGCGAAGAUGUGGAUCUGGAAAUUGAGGAGGACGAGCGGUCGGAGAGGUCCUCCCACUUACUCGAGAGCGUGGUCGACGAGAAGGCUCACGAGGCUGCCUGCACGUUGUUGUCCAUGCUUUCUCAAACGCGUUG